AUAGAAACAACUGUCAGACUUAAUGUCAUUACUGUGAGGUAGCUAGCUAAACAUGCAAUAAUCCCACUGUAUAUGUUUUGUAUGCCUGUACAGUGAAAGAUGAGGUUAUCAUACAUUUUGUGUUGGAAAGGGAAGUCAUGUGUGAUACGGCUUGCAAAGGCAUCACCGUAUGAUAUGAUCCAUCAACCAGAACUUUUAUUUCUGCAAAAAUCACUCUAAAUGAAUCAUACAUAUAAUACACUUAACCAAAUUAGUCACGUGAGUAGAAAACAACACGUGCACAUGAAAUGCUCACUUGCUGCCGUGGGUUUUGGGUUGUUCUCUCAGGCCACGAACAUACUACUGGACAUUAAAUUGUCCAAAUGUGUUGUUUUUUACAGACCAGAGCAGGUGUUCCAGGCUGUUGAAAGUUAGUUUAGUUUUCUUAGUCAGAUUAGGGUCAUAAUCAGGUUUUAGAUCCUGUAGUUUACUUCUGGAAGAUAAAGACCCAGAGAGAUGGAGGAAGGCGCUGAGGUGAUGGUAGAUAUUGUAUUUCGAGGAGUGGAGUUUGUUGUAAAGAUAGAGGUGGACAGAGGCUUGCUGAUAGUCGAAAUCUCCAACUCGAUGACAGCAGAUCAGUGGAGGGGGGAAUUUGAUCCAGCAUAUAUUGAGGACCUCACUCGCAAAACUGGAAACUUCAAGCAAUUUCCCAUAUUCUGUAGUAUGCUGGAAUCAGCUGUUAGAAAGACGAGUGAUUCAGUUACACUUGACCUCCUGACCUAUGCUGACCUGGAGUUGCUGCGUAACAGAAAAGCAGGAGUGGUUAGUCAUCCCCGCAGCCAUCAGCAGUCCUCUGCUCUCACUGCCAAGAGAUAUUUAAUCCUCAUAUACACUGUGGAGUUUGACAGGAUACACUACCCUUUACCCCUGCCCUAUGUGGGUAAGCCUGACCCAGCUGCCCUGCAAAAGGAAGUCCGAGCCCUUAGGGCUGAGCUCAGUGCUCUCUCCUCUCAUGGAGUUGACAGAUCUACAGAACUGGAAGUGCAGCGGCUACGAGCAGAGCUUGCUUUGCUGAAAGAAAAGAAUGAGGCCAUGGCCACUGUCCUGGAGCGAUUGCAGAUCAGUGCAAGCGGUUCCACACUUGGACAGGAGGACUGGAGGGUCAGAGAUGUGGUGAGGACACUGCAGGAGCAACUUGUCAAGGAGAGGGCCAAAAGUCAGCACUCAGCAAGCAAAAGAUGCCAAGAGCAGCGACUCCUAAUGGAGCAGUUGGAGGAGCUGAGGGCAUCAGAGUGUGCUCUCCGUGCUCGUGUCAAGAGUCUCACCAAUGAAUUGGCACUGCUGCAGAGAGGGUUAGACAAUCUAAGCGUGAGAGUAACUCCUGUGUCCGGUCGAAUCGGUUCUCGAGUUGAUGGGGAAAUCUAUCGCUCUCUCUCCCGCGAGAGGAGGUCGGGGUGUGGGACGGUCAGUGCUCGCUCAGGAUCCAGAGACCGGAGAGAGGAUAGAGGACAAAGGGCAGAAGAAAGAGGAAGAAGAGUGGAUUCCUCAGGGCCACGUGCUCGCAUACCUAGGCCGUCACCCUCUCCCACUGGUUCACGGGGGCCACGCUUUGAUCCGACUGCUUACAUCCAGGACAGGCAGCGCAGACUGAAAGAGGCAGAACUCAAAAAACAGAGGAAGGUACGGAGAGACAUUCUGGCAUCACCCAUCAUCCCUGAGAGGGGGCGUUCACGUUCCAGAGAGGCCUAUCCUCCGGUGGCCCGGUCUGGCAGUAGAGGCAGGAGUUUAUCUGUGGAGCGGAGAGGAAGCAGGAACUCCUCUGAAAGCUCGUUAGUAGAUAUGGAUGAAAUGGCCAAAACUCUGUUCAGAGGAAGAAAACAGACGUGCAAUGGACGCAGCAUGUCAAGAGGACGCCUUUUAACCAGGAAGCCAGUAUGCAGUACUCCAACACAGAGAGUGAAAGACAAAGAGACCUCUAUAGACACAGAAGCUGAGCUGUCAGAGAUUGAUGCCAGGCUACAGGCACUUCAGGAAUAUAUGAGGGACCUGGAUACAGGACACUAACACAGGUUGGACCUCGGACCAUAUUUCUUUGCAGGGCACACACCGAGCACAACGGUGCAGGUUACCAGUGUAUAUGUGUUCAUGUAAGAGACCAGAACUCCCUCCAGAGGGUCAGACUUCCUAGACCUAAGGAAACUAUAGCCAUCACUGUGAAGGACUACCUUUUGUGGAACGAAACCAUUUUUAAUACAGUUUUUGUUUUUUAUUAACUUAAAAGGCUGUCUGAGUGUAGUGUCAUCCAUAGUUUUACACUUCACCAAACCAGUUAAACAAGGUACAUGGAUGUAAAAUCUGGCAGAACCUCAGUCCAUAAAUAAUUUUUCAUCCUUGACUGACAUUUUCUUUCCAUGAAAUUGACAGUUACAUUCUUUCAUGUUAGAUUUUCUUUUUUUUGUGAAACUGUAUGUGCACAGACUGUUACUCCCCUUUCUCAAUCUAAUACCUUUUAUGCCACCUGAAAAUGUAAUUUAACAAACAUAUCCUCUGUAUAAAGACAUUUUUAAAGCAUAUGAUCUUUUCUGGGCCUGUACAGUUUUGUACACAUUGCUUUCCUUUCAGCUGAAGUGGAGCUUUUGAAAGGUUUCAACUGCAGCAGCUGGCUUAGUUUCAUUAAUUAAAUAAACAUCAGAGCACUGAGCCUUCCUCUCUGGGGAGCUGCUCAGUGUCUGAACAGCUGCUCUGUUCCUACGAGGACACUCGGCAGAGAGACAAACUCGCCUUAGGUUUAUUUACGGAAUGAGGAAAGUUAACUUGGCAUUAACCAGUGUAGAAACAAGCAAGCUGCUGAAUCACAAUGUUAAAGCUCCAUUUACACAAAAACAGAAGAUGUAUUCUUGAAGAGAUAAGGAAAUUGUUAAACAUGAGGUCUGUUCCUUUUAUAUCUUAACAGGUCUCUUUUCACUUUCAAAAAUAUCUACAGAAGAAAACAUUAUCCAUCUGUCAUGGCCUGAACCUAGUUGAU